CUGCAUUUCCCAGCGUCCCGCGGGGCUAGAACAUUUCCUGAUAGUUGUGGAGGCUGGAGGGGAGAGGGAAACAGUCAGUAUUGCGAGUUAUAGUGCGGGGCUGAUGGGUGUCUGUGCCGGCUAUGGACGGGAGGUGCUUCAGUUGUGCUUCCAAAUUUUCUUUAUUCAAGAAAGAGUGCGGCUGUAAAUCCUGCGGGCGCUCGUUCUGUGCGGGGUGCCUGCCCUUCACCGCGGUUUUACCUGCGUACGGUAACGCCAAGCAGAAGAUCUGCAAGAAAUGUCAUGACAGUAUCAGCAAUGCCAACGCGCCAAGAAACGAUACGUCUAAAUGGUCUCCACCGGAGAAUUACAAGAAGAGAAUGGCGGCCUUGGAAGCCAAGCAAAGUCAGCGCAAAGAGACGCAACAAGGUCAAGGGGCGUCGCAGGUUGGAAACAAAUCCGGGUAUCAGGGUUUGGCGCCGGAAGAUCGAGCUAUAGCCGAAAGACUGGAGAAACUAAAACAGGAAACCAAACCCAAAGCUGCAAUCCCCUCCACGGCUGAAAUCGAGUCCAGGAUAGAGGCUUUACUUAAGGACACACAAGCGCCUGCCCCGUCCUUACAAGAAAUGGAGGAUCGGCUGGCUGCGUUACAGGGGAGGCCUCCGCCAUCUAGAGCCACCAAGCCGCAACAUCAACCCCCCGAUACCAGAAGUCAGACACAAAAAGUCAAUGACCUGCUAUCCCAGCUGAAGGAGGAGGUGGCCAUAGACCAACAGUGUCAUCCUGAUUCCCCUCAAGAUUUCCCUUCUCAGCCGGUUACUGACCUUAGUACAGCUGACGCUGCGGAUGGCUGGAGCGCCCCUUAUCCUGAACUAGAUGCCGCACAGCUGGAGAAGGAAAAAGAUAAAAUCCUGAGCGAAGCGGCAGCAGAACUACAAGACGAGAAUACGAGGCAAGAGAAAACGCUGGAGAUAGCGAAGAGGCUGGCUGUGUUACAGGGGAGGGAUCCGGAUACAGUGACUAUGAACAACAUGGAGCCGCCUGACAGUGAUGAAGAAACAGAGGGAGAAGCCAUCCAGAGGAUUCUUAAGCAGCUCUCUGAAGAAGCGUUCCUAGACAAAGCCAGCGGUUACAAUGAUCUCUCCGAUCCAAAGAGAACGCUCCCUAAAGAGGUGAAGCCGGGAAAUAUACCGCCAGCGCAAAGGCCGGCAGCCCAGAUCCAGCCAGUGAAGGAGCCGGACAGUGAUGAGGAGGAGCUGCCCUGGUGCUGUAUCUGCAAUGAGGACGCCGCCAUACGGUGUCACGACUGCGAUGAUGAUCUGUACUGCAAGAGAUGCUUCAGGGAAGGACAUGAUGAAUUUGACCGGAAGGAGCAUCAGACCUCUGUAUAUCGCCCCCCUCCGAAAAAGAAAGGGAGAUAAAGGGGUUAAUGCUUAAAGACCUGUUCACUUGACGCAGGACACACAUGCCUUGCUUCUUAUUGAAGUAAAUUGUAUAGUUUAGGAUUACUUGAAGAAGCA